CAUUGGCACCGCAGCCGAGGGUACCUCAGCCUCGUUCAGUUGCCUUCUUUCAGGGCAGCCCGGUGUCGAAUAAAUGACCGGGCUGCGCCGCGGAUCGCGUGUGCCUGAUGCAACGUCCCGUCUGACUGACAUUGGAUCUGUUUGAGUGCGGUCGAAUUCGGGUUUGAAACAUGACGGAGCGACGCCAUCGAGACCUCAAGCAGAAUCUUCGCGGUUGGCAGAUCCUAUUCGUUGUCAUCACUGCUGUGAUAGGGGCAGGCAUUUUCAGCAAUGGAGGCUCUGCCAUCGAAAUCGCUGGCCCAGGAGGCGCCCUUCUUUCCCUUGUCAUUAUGGGCGUCAUUGCAAUCUGUGUUUCCGAAGGGUUGAGCGAACUCACGCAGCUUUUCCCCGCGCCAAAUGCCAUCGUCGAAUAUGUCCGCGCUUUCAUCGAUGAGGACUUGGGAUGGGUCAUCGGCAUUGCCUACUGGUUCACAUACUCCUCCAUCUUUGCCGCGCAGAACCUCACAGCCGCAAAUCUCGCCGUGUAUUGGGGCCUUACCCGGGUAUGGCAGAUCAUCAUAUUCUACUUUGUCACGCCAGGCAUCAUGGUAGGCAUCAAUCUUGUCGGCGUUGGUACCUUUGGCUGGAUCGAGGCUGUUGGUGGAUGCCUCAAGAUAGCGCUCGUCAUUGGGACAACUAUCGUCUUGUAUGUGAUGGCGGCAGACAUGGGUUACUGGUCUAAAGAUGGACCGAUCCAAGACGGAUUCGUAUACAACCCGCAAUUCAUAAGCAACGAGUACCGCGCUUUAUGCUACGUCAUCCCCAUAGUAGCCUUCGGCUUCCUAGGCAUAGAAACAGUAGCCGUCACAGCGUUCGAAGCGCGCUCCUCAAAGUCGCUCCGUUUCCCAUCCCAAAUCAUAGCCUACCUUACCUUGGCCCUGUACUUCCUUUGCAUGCUCGGCCAGUGUUUGAACAUUUCCUACACGUCGGAUCACCUCCCUCCUAUCUACGGCGGCAUAGGCGACAGCGCCACAAACACUAAUGAGCCCGUAAACCCGGCUUCGGAUAGUGCGGCCGUCGUCGCGCUCUGGGACUGGGGGAAGAAGGGCCUCGCAGGUUUCCUCAAUGGCGCCACCAUUUUUAGCGUGCUCUCUGCGAGCAACACCUCUCUCUACGUCGCAUCCCGAACGCUGUAUGGCCUUGCAUUGGACGUGCCUACGACGUCGUGGCUGGGAAGGCAUCUGCACAGCUUCUCGCUCGUUGUGCCGCAGACGGGUGUCCCGGCUCGUGCUCUGAUCUUCUCGGCUUUGGCGUUCAUCUGGCUGCCGUUUCUGAACUUGAGGAAGGGCUAUGCCGUGCAAUAUCUUAUUACAAUCAUUCGCAUAUCGUCAAGCGUAAGCUGCCUCAUCUGCUGGGCAGCCCUCUCCCUCGCAUACCUCCGAUACUAUCUCUGGCUAAAGAAAUGCGACGAACACCUCGCCGACGACUACGAGCAAUUCAAGCGCGGCGUAAAGACCUACAAGCCCUUCACCCUUCUCAGCUUCGCGCAACCACUCCCAGCCAUCACCGCAGUCGCAGGCUGCCUCGUCGUCCUCGCCUUCUGCAGCGCAACUUGGUGGGACACGCCCGUCACGUUUUCGAAAGUCGCCAUUGGCUACGCUGCUUGGGUCCGCACAAGCAGCGACUUCGCCGUGCUCUCGCAGACGCUCGACCGCCUGAAGUGGUACAAGCCGGACGAGGUGUCGCCGCAGGAGAACCACGAGGAGGCUACGCGCGUAUUGAGCCCGCCGCUGGCAUCGCCGUUUCCGGAGAUGUCGGAGGAGCGGUUGUCGCCGAAGACGGGGGCCGUGGUAACGGGGUUUGGUCCUGGGUAGGAUCUGUAACUUGCGAUUUUGAGAAGUAUGUUUGGGAAGGUGCUGGAGGGAGUGAACAGGUCUAUUUAAAGUCUGAGUUGAGCGUUAGUACACCUGUAUUUUAUGGGGCUUUGAGAAUCGGCCAUUCCAGUAACCU